AUGAGAUACAGCAGCAAUUUAGAGCCGGACUUAAAUUCACUGGAAGUGGGCCAGUCAUGUCGUGGCAGUAUCAAUCUGCAAGAGGCACGUAUACAUGCCGAUAAAACAACGAAUAGUUUGACGAUUUCGGCCCCAUCACAGACAUUCCAUCUGAAAGCGCAAAAUGAAUUGGAUCAUAACGAAUGGUUUCGCUCGCUGGAAUUUGCACGGCAUCGUGCUGUUCGUGCUGCCGAAUCAGAUGAAGAUGAAGACAUUCGGAUGAAUGCUGCUGGGAAUGGUGGUGCAGCAGCAAUUGAAACGAUGAAUCGGGCGAUUGCAACGAAAAUCGAUGAUUUACGAACAUGCAGCUCACUCAUUUCAAAAUAUGGUACGGAUUUGCUGAAAGCACUUAAUGAUUUGGAAAAGACAGAAACUGUAAAAACAGUCAGUGAACGUCUUAAUCUAUUCAAAAUUACCACAGCUGCAAUGAUGAAAGCAUGCGAAGAAUUUGUCACCUUAACUGCCGAGGAGUCAAAAAAAAUUGGCCGAUAUGCAGCAAAUGAGCAUGAACAACGACUUAUGCUGCAAGAUCAGCUGGAAGAACUUGCCGAGCAGCACAGUAAAUUGGAACGUGUAGCAUAUCAGUCGGCACGUCAUAAAAGCAACGCGGCAACAGCUGAACCACCAUUUUUGGAAGCCGAGGAAGAAUUCCAUGAUGCAUACGACACUAUGUCUCUUAUGCAAGAUGAAAGGUACAAGUUUUAUUUCGAUUUGCUCGUUUUUUUGAUGAAUGCUCAGGUUCAAAUUGAGGUUUUUUUUUUUGUAGUAGCAGAAUAA